CUGCCGCGGGUUGGGGAGCAAGCGUGCAGUUCGGCAAUUAAGGUCGCUACUGCGACUCUACUCCCCGAAUGUGGUUUUCUUAAUGGAAACUAAACAAGCAGAAGACGAAAACUAGAACACGAGGCUGAAGUGGGUUAAGAGAAUGGUGAAGCGCACUCGACUGACUUAUCGAGAGGAGGUCGAGCGGGGGGACUCAGUAUAUGGUGGCGGGAGGGCAACAACAUUGAGCUGAUGUCAAUUACCCAAAAUCAUGCUGAUGUCCGAGUAAGUGAAGAUGAAGGAGGAGUUUGGCGGUUUACUGGCAUCUAUGGGUGGCCAGAAGAUAGCGAUAAAUGGCAAACAUGGGAGAGGCUUAGACUGCUGCCGCAACAAUGGGAUGGACCGUGGCUGUGUGGCGGCAAUUUUAACCAGAUAAUGUGGCUGGAAGAAAAGAGAAGUGGACGAAUCAACUCACACAUGAUGAUUAUUGAUUUUGAGGAUUGCCUCACUGAGGUCGGUUUAUGGGACUUGGGUUUUCAUGGCUAUCCGUUUGCCUGGGAAAACAGGAGAGCGGGAAGUGCAUAUAUAGAAGAGAGAUUGGACCGGUUUGUUGCGGCGGACAGCUGGACUAACACGUUCCCAAAUGCCUGAGUGCAACACAAGGCCUGGGAGAGAUCGGAUCACCGACCAAUUCUUUGUGACAUAUGUGGGGAGGCGGAUGAGGAACCAAAAUGGGGAUGAACUUUUAAAUUUGAACCUCAUUGGGCGAAGCAUGAAGAGUGCCCUCGUGUCAUCGAGGAAGCCUGGAAGGAGCGAGGAGAUGUGGAUAUUCUAACAAAGUUUGGUUUUUGCAGGGAAAAAUUAGAUGCUUGGAGUCGAGAAACCUUUCCUCACUUCGGGCGGCAACGGAAGAGAAUUAAGCGGGCGCUAGUUGUGCUAGAAAGGAGGCCUAGGUCGAAGCAAAUAGCCCAACAACGAAAGCAAUUGGAAGAUGAGAUGGACGAGCUUGAGGCGAACGAGGAGCUGUAUUGGAGCCCACGCUCUCGAGCAGACUGGCUUCGAGACGGAGAUUAAAACACAGCUUUCUUCCAUAAAAAAAGCCUCAGCCCGAAGAAAGCGCAAAAUGAUCCGACGAAUCAAAGAUGGAGCAGGGAGAUGGCAUUCUGAUCCAGAACAAAUUUUUGUCUGUUUUACUGACUAUUUUUCUCAACUGUUUACAGCGAGUCUUAUGCCGCAGGCUACCCCAGUGCUAGACUCAAUUGAUAGCUCAGUAACUUAAGAGCAAAAUGAGAUGUUGUUGCGGCCAUUUGAGCGGGAGGAAGUUGUGGAUGCGCUAAAAAAAUGGGUACAAGAAAGGCGUCGGGGUCAGAUGGCUUAACUGUUUUAUUUUAUCGAUGGUAUUGGAGGAUUAUCGGUGAUGAUGUUGUGAAAGCGGUGUUGGGCAUGCUGGAGACUGGUGAAAUACCGCAAGGCAUUAACCAUACCCUCAUCGCGUUAAUUCCGAAGACAAAGAAGCCAUCUAGGGCGCAGGAGUUUAGACCCAUCAGCUUGUGUAAUGCCAUCUAUAAGCUGGUGGCGAAAGUACUGGCUAAUCGGCUGAAGAUGGUUCUCGAUCAUGUCAUUUCCCCAUAGCAAAGUGCAUUUGUUCUAGGACGGUUUAUCACUGAUAAUAUAAUGGCAUCUUUUGAGAGUUUCCACUCAAUGAAAAAGAAGAAAAAAAGACGGGAAAUGGGUGUUCGCAGCAAAGAUAGACAUGGCUAAGGCAUAUGAUCAUGUAGAAUGGCAUUUUCUGAAAGCAGUGAUGCAGAAGAUGGGAUUUGAAGGGAGAUGGAUAGAGCUGAUUAUGAAGUGUGUUAGCACGGUUUCUUACUCAAUUCUUGUGAAUGACCAUCAAUCUCAAAGUUUCACUCCGUAAAGAGGGCUUCGCCAGGGAGAUCCGUUGUCCCAUAUUUGUUCCUUUUAUGUGCUGAAGAACUCUCGGCCGUUACAAGGGCAUCAGUCAGGGAGAAGAAACUGCAUGGGUUUCAGGCAGCUUGGGGCCCCCAGUGGUAUCCCACCUUUUCUUUGUUGAUGAUUGUGUUUUCUUCGGACGAGCUACGACGGAAGAGAGUGAAGUGUUGAAGAAAACCCUACAAGAUUAUGCUGCAGAGUCGGGGCAAGUUGUAAACUAAAAGAAAUCUAAAGUGUCUUCCAGUGAAAAUGUCAAGAUGCAUAAAAAACUAAUGGUGAGUGGGACACCUGGCAUGAAACUAGUUGAUAAGCACGACAAAUACCUGAGGUUGCCAACGGUUGUCGGUCGUUCAAAACAGGAGAUAUUUAGCGGUUUAAAGGUGCGAGUCAGGAAAAAAAAAAUAAAAGCGUGGAAGGAGAAGGUAUUGUCGAUAGCAGGAAGGGAAACACUCAUCCGUGCAGUGGCUCAGGCUCAUUUUACCUAUGCAAUGUCUGUUUUCAGGAUUCUGGCUGCUGUGAUUAACGAGGUUCAUAGUCUGAUUAUGAACUUUUACUGGGGUCAAAAGGGAACUGAGCAGAGGAUUCAUUGGUUAAGCCGAGAAGGAAUGGCGAGUCCGAAAGAAGAGGGAGGCAUGAGGUUCAGGGAUCUAGAGUGUUUUAACAUGGCUAUGCUUGCCAAACAGCUAUGGAGACUGUCCCAGCGUCCAACAUCCCUGAUAGGGCGAAUAAUGAAGGCCAAGUAUCAUAAGAACAUGUCAACUCUGGAUGCGAAUCUGGGAUACAAACCAAGUUUUAUUUGACGAAGCUUGUUGAGUGCCCAUGAAUUCCUCAAUGAGGGUGUCCGAUGGAGUAUAGGAAAUGGAACUAGUGUUCGCAUUUGGGGGGGAACAAAUGGCUACCCAAAUGUUCCCCCAGAUUUCGUGGAAUCCCCCUCAGCUGGGCUUCCGGUUGACUCGGUGGUGAGAGACCUCAUCGAUCCCGUAACAGAACAAUGGGAUCCCACGCUCCUCAGCUUGUGCUUCCCCCAGUCGGUAGCACAACAGAUUGCUCGCACCCCGUUGAGAGGAGAGUGAGAACAGGACCACAUUGUUUGGGCUGAAAAUGAUGCAGGGUAGUUCACAGUGAAUGAGGGUUAUAAAAAGUGGCUUCGAGGUUUCUUAGCUGAACAAGCUAUACUCCUAGCAGGUGAGACGAGGGUAUGGAAGCGUAUGUGGGCACUUAAUCUUCCUCCAAAUGUCAAGCACUUCAUGUGGCGAUUUAUGAGGGGAAUUCUACCCACGGGCGAUCACAUAAGCACAAAAAGCAGGAAAUAUGGAGAUAAAUGCCCAUUUUGUGA